AUUAAAAUUUUGUUUUUAUUUAAUUCCCCAUAAAAACGCCAAAGACGUUUUAAUUUAUUUAUUUAUAUUUGUAUGCGUACAUUCGUAAUUGUGUGAGUGAGUGUGUGUUUGUGAGUGUCAAAAUUUUGAAAAUCUUAAAGCGAAUCCCGGUUGAUUACGCUAACUAUCGAUCCUUAAUUUAAACAAUUUCUUAAUUUUUUAAUACAACUACUAAUCGUCUAUUAAACUAUUAUAACGGAGCAACGAAAACUUCCGAAAAAAUCAAACAAAAUGAGUAUCAUUGAUAGUGGCAAAUAUCGUUUAAGAAAGGAUUGGGCCAGUGCCUCUAUACCAUCAUUGGUCGAUAUCGAUGAACAUGCCGAUGAUGAUGAAACGGAGAAUAAUAUAACAGAGAAUGUAAAUGCCAAGUUGCCACCACAGAAACCACCGCGCCGCAGUUCAUUGGCCUUGAGUUUAUUCUCUAGCAAAUCAGAUAAGAGUCAAAAGAGACGCAGUUCCAUAGCAACGGCUUUUCUAAGACGUGAUAGUAAUAAGCAUUCAUCCAAAGAUUCCUAUGAGUCCGCUGUUAAACAUGAGAAAAGUGAUGCCUCUAAUACAAACAUAUCACCGGAUGUUGUUUAUAGUUCCGAAGAGAAUAUACGCGCCUCAUCGCCCAAUGAACCCGGCAAAGUGUCAUAUUUCGAUGAUGGCACCAAUAUACGUUGUGUCGUUAAGGGUAUAGGCGUUACGAGUCCCUAUGAUACACCCAUCGAUAAAGAACGUAAUCGUCGUAGACGUAGUUCAUUGCAAACGAAAUUGGAUAGACGUCGUCGUAAGAAUUUCGAAGUUAGUUUCUCCACUCUCGAACAGAGUAAUUCACAAAGCGAUUUGACCAAUGAUAGUACAACAGGCAUCGGCUCAUCUGUCGAUAUAACCGAUGAAGAUGUUGAUCCCAAUCAUACCGCCUAUUUUCCCAGACAAAAACGCCAUUCGUGGUGGAAUAUAUUUGUGCCAGAUAAUAUUAAAAACAGGUCACGUAGGGCUAGUCAAGAUGCAUCGUUUAUGUCACGCAGUUUUGAUAAUUUAUCAAUACCAGUACGCAGGAGUAAAUCGCGCAGUGUUGAUCAUGGCCUUGCGGCACCUUUCGAUUUGGAUUCAUUGCGUUCCAAAGUCGAAGGACGCUUUGAAAGUGUUGACAGAUUAUCAAAUGAACGUAAAAAAUCAUCACUACCAACCAUACCCACCGUUAAUUACACGGUGGGAAAUCGUGAUACCUUGACAUCGGUGGCAGCACGUUUUGAUACAACCCCCUCAGAAUUGACACAUUUAAAUCGUUUAAAUAGUUCAUUUAUUUACCCCGGCCAACAGCUGUUGGUACCCGAUAAAAGUGCCAAGGAUAAUGUAUCGACCAGUUCGACAGAUGAUAAAACUGGCGGUUCAAGUGCUUCGGGCAAAUCGAGUCCGAUUGAAAGAAAAUUAUCGGCUGAAGAGCAAAGUGAGGAUAUCUUAGAAAGUUUACGUCCUGGUUCACCAAAACCUGGACACAUUGAACGUGUAGAUGCCACCGGUCGUACAGAUGUCAAUAAAACCGAUGAUCCGGUUAUAACACAACGUUUCCUUAAAAUCAAUGUACGUCACAUAACCGAUGGCCAGGGUGUAGUGGGUGGUGUUCUUUUAGUAACACCCAAUGCGGUUAUGUUUGAUCCAAAUGUUUCGGAUCCAUUGGUUAUUGAACAUGGUCCCGAAAGUUAUGGUGUUAUAGCUCCUAUGGAAUUGUGUGUUAAUGCUGCCAUCUUUCAUGAUAUUGCACAUAUGCGUGUAUCGGGUGGUGCAGCUGAUAAUACGAAUACACAAUCGGAAAAACCUGAAAUUUAUUAUCCCAAAACAGUAUUAGAUGCCCAAAAGGCCAAAGAGGACGAGGAGGAGAAGGAAAAAGAGGAAGGACAAGGAGUAGAUAAUGUCGAUGGCAAAGAGAAAUCGGAGGAAACAAAAACAGAUGCUGCUGGUGCCGAAAGCAAAGAAAAGACAGACGAUCAAGAGUCUAUAUGCUCAGGUUCAGGUCGUGAGACAGAGAAAAAUGAUGAUAAAUCUACGGAAGCCAAAGAUAGUACGAAGACUGAGCUUGAUGCUGCCAGUUCUGGCACCAAUGACACCGAAGAUGAUGAAACUAAGAAAAAUCAUAAUUUAACUGAUUCUCGUACCACCUUAGAAGAAAGACGCAAAAGUCUUUUAGACCAUCAUUGGGCUAUUCCUAGUAAAGAUAGAUUAUGUUUAUCUAAUUCUCGAAGAUCAUCGGAAGAUGAGGGUGACAAUGAAUCGAAUACCACCGCCGAUAGUGGUGCUCGUGGUCAAGAUCCUCAUUCGGCUACAUCAUCAUUAAGCGGUAUUAUGGCUAAUUUGGCCAGUGGUAAUGUUAACGCUAUAGAUUUAGAAGAAUUGGAAGAAUUAUCGAAACAAGCGUGUUACGAUUCGGGUAUCGAUAUACGCGAUCCUAUACCAAAUGUACAACCCAUACCAAAGAAAACUGUUUACAGUGAUGCUGAUAUUGUAUUAAGCUCCGAUUGGGUGCCACCUAAACCCAUAACAAUAACACCUCUGAGUGAAUCACCACCAAGAAGCAGUUUAGAUGCUGGUGGUUCACGUAAAAAGACUACUAGUGUGAGUUUUAGUGUAGAUGAUGAGAAUCAAGCCCAAGCAGCUGCUGGUAGCAAUAAUCAAAUUAAUCAGCAGGAUAAAAAUGCUGAUAAAAAGAAUAAGAUGUUGAAACGUCUUUCUUAUCCUUUGACUUGGGUUGAGGGUUUAACGGGUGAUGGUGCUCCCAAUUCUGCUGGCAGUGUUAAUAAGUCUCAGGAUCAAGAAUCUGCUCCCAAUACUGGCGAUUCUAAUCAAAGUGUUUUCUCAAAAGUAUUUUCUAGUUCGCCCAUUACUUUGGUCUCAGAGUUGGGUGGUAAUUUAUUUUCAAAAACACCGUCCGAAGAUUCGAGUGGCUCUCCGGUGCCACCUCUAACACCACAUUCCACUCAUUCCGAGGGUCAUAUUUCCUCAGGACGUUCUUCUAUAGGUACUUUUAUACGUCCUUUAUCUUCGGAGGGUACUGCAUCUACUACUAAACUUAAGGAUAAUAAACAACAGCAACAACCAAAAUUGGAUUAUCGUUCUAUGGUUUCAGUAGAUGAUAAACCUGGACUAUUUGUCAGUGUCGAUAAACUUAUACCCAGACCUGCAAGAGCUUGCCCAGAUCCUCCAUUGUAUUUACGCUUACGCAUGGGUAAGCCUGUAGGCAAGGCCAUACCAUUGCCAACAUCGGUAAUGUCUUAUGGUAAAAAUAAAUUGAGACCUGAAUACUGGUUUAGUGUACCUAAAAAUCGGAUUGAUGAAUUAUAUCGUUUUGUCAAUACCUGGGUUCCUCAUCUCUAUGGUGAACUGGAUGAGGAACAAAUCAAGUCGCGUGGCUUUGAGUUAAUACAAGACGAUACGGAAUGGACACAAAGUGGCACCAAGAAAACACGUUCAGGCAGUCAAGAGGGUGAAGAAAUCACCGAUAUUACACGUGAAUCUUGGGAGCUUAUUAAGGCUCCAUUUGCUAAGACCUACAACAUUAUUAAAACGGCUUCACAUGCCGCAUCUGCUGAUUUGGAUUUAUUAAGCGGCGAGGUGCUGUCUAUGAGCAGUGAAGAUUAUCGCAAAUCUUCAAUAUUCCAAACAGGAUCAUUUGAUUUAGAUUUCCCCAUACCAGAUCUAAUUGGAACAACAGAAAUUUUAACAGAAGAGCAUCGUGAAAAACUUUGUGGCCAUUUACCUGCCCGCGCUGAAGGUUAUUCCUGGUCUUUGGUCUUUAGCACAUCUCAACAUGGAUUCUCAUUAAAUUCCUUAUAUCGUAAAAUGCAGAGACUUGAGAGUCCCAUACUUAUAGUUAUACAAGACACAGAACAGAAUGUAUUUGGUGCAUUAACCUCCUGUUCCCUGCAUGUAUCAGAUCAUUUUUAUGGUACCGGCGAAUCCCUGUUAUACAAAUUUAAUCCCAGCUUUAAAGUUUUCCAUUGGACUGGUGAAAAUUUAUAUUUUAUUAAAGGCAAUGUGGAAAGUUUGUCAAUUGGUGCUGGAGAUGGCCGUUUUGGAUUAUGGCUUGAUGGUGAUUUAAAUCAAGGUCGUUCACAAUCCUGCAGUACAUAUGGCAAUGAGCCAUUGGCGCCACAAGAAGAUUUUGUUAUAAAAACACUCGAAUGCUGGGCAUUUGUUUAAAUAAAACUAACAUAAAUUAAUAAUAUUUAAAAGAAAAAAAUUCUUUGUUUAUGAUGUAUUUUUAUCAUCAUCUUCACAAAAUC